AUGACAGAUCUGGAGUGGACACGGCUGCAACACUACAAGAAGUGGAGGAAGCGACUACAGGAGCAUCCCUAUAAAUCUCUGUUCGGGGCCAGUGAGGACAUGCUAAGAGGCAAGGGACUCACAGAUUGGGAGUGGGUGUACAAGACAUUUCCCAGAUGGAUGUUGAGAGAGAUGGAUUCGAAUGAAUUGGCAGAUCAUAACAAGAAAAUGGACGGGAACCUUACGGGUCGUAGGUACGGGAUUAGGUCAGGAGAGAAUGCUUCAACAAAAGAGCAACCGUUGCCUGAACGCGAAUCAAUCUUUGCCCAGCCAGUCAUAAAGACAACACAUUACGAGCGAGACGAAUUUGGCAUUGUGUCACCAUCCGAUCUACGCCGACCGAGGGAAGAACCUCACGUGAGGGUGGGCAAGCAUCAAGAACAGACCGUGUCCGAGAACAAAGAAACCCUCAGCCGCCGUCUGAGCUCUUCAAACCCAGACUCUGAGCCUCCCGACCUGGAGGCGAAAUCACAAUCAGCCGAGUCUCCCGAUCAAUCAAAACAAGCUACCACAAGGGCCAAAGAAGCGUCCAACCGAGAGUCAAGGUUCAUCGAGGCGUUCUUUGCUGAAGAACCGAAGGAGUACGACCGUGACCUCGGUAAUAGCAAAUCUUGGAGGCAGACCGCGUUGCAAAGACGCAAUGUAUCAAACGUUGUGACGCGGCCAAAUACAAAAUCAUUUCCAACCUCGCAGGUAGAAACACCGGCGACGGAUAACACAUCUACUGUGGUGCGAGAUACUAUCACGAUACCCUCUUCGCAGGCACUGGUCGACAACUACCCAUAUCCAAAGACUAGUACCUCUCCUGCAGCUGGCGAGUCUGCUGCAAAGAAGGCACAUCAGAGUCAGAAAGAAGUUGGAUGGUCUGUCCCAGAGUUAAACACGGCUAUUCAGCAGACGGAGACCUCCAGAACUGACUCAACUACUGCACGAUCAACCUCCUCGAUACUUGAGACACUCCCUAAAGAUGAUAUAGACUUUCUCAGCGCAGACGAUAUUCGAGCCGCUAUGGGUACGAGGAAAGGUGGCAUGCAGAGUACUGAAGAAAGGCAAGACCGGCAGACACUGGAAGCAGAUUACGCAAAGGCAAAACCGAAAGCACUCGACGAGGUCGUUGAGGCACAUGUGUUGAACAAUUACCAUGUGCGCCGAAUUCACCAAGAGCUUGAACGGGCACGAACCAGCUCGCAAACUACUGAAGGAGAAGAGGUCGAAAUCAAACAGGAUGCGUCGCAGCCGCCACCUGAGCCGGUCCAGAUGGAGUCUAGUAUCGAUCGUAUGAGGAGGUGGAUCGAGGAGGGCGGCGCUUCCCUUUCCAAGCACUUCUGGCAAGAUCCUAUUGAAGCAGGCGAACCUUCAGAGGCUGAUAUGCAGUUCGCCAAACAGAUGGCUGGCCUCGGCAAAGGCCGCCGUGCAAGAGAACACAUCUCAAGUGAUCUGGAAACGGAUCUUCCAAUGUGCAAAGCACUGAUGGAGCGUUUGAAGAACGACGAGAACAGGGUCGAGCAUGCAGUCUACCUCUUGCGAUCUCCUAGGAAAGUAAUACCUGGUACUGAGAUAUCUAAGAACCUCCGCGCCAUUAGGGAGCGCCGCCUGCGCAACACUUAUGAGAGAACGGAAAAGCAGUUCGAAACAGCUUGUGAGGCUCUUCGCGAAUUGGACGCUGAGGCGGUUCGAAAAGUUACAAACGCCUUCAAGAGGCGACUCGGCAUCGCCUCGAGAGUUCUGCAUAGGAAUCACACCUUGACUCGAAUGCUUACGUGGAGGGCACAGGCUCGCCUUGACGAGCCGGAUCUUGAGCGUAGUAAGGUGGAGUUAUACAGCGAGAUUCUGACUCGCUUGGCUACGCUGCGGGACACACAGCUAGCUCUUGCCCGAUUGAUGGACCAUGCUGUCCAAACCUACGGAGUAUCGCUCAAGCCUGCCGACGAAGCGCUUUCAAGACCAGUGCCGGCCAGCGAGUCCUCAGCGACUGAAGCCACUGCUGAGGCAAAUCCUGAGUUGCUCGAGAAGUCUACUGCGAAGUCGUUGACCGAUACAGUGGCCGCAUCUCAUCUUGCCAACGAGAUUCAGUCUCAGAAGGCAGCUAUGCAAGGCUUGUCCGAUGACGGGUACGCGAGAGCGCCCAAGCAGGUUCCAAGGAGAUCAUUCGAAGAGAAAAGCCCCCUUGCACACAGCCUUUUCCGACCUUUCAACCUCCAGUUGGAGAGCUUGGGUGGAAAGACUGAUGGCGAGGAAGCAGCAGAGAGGUUGAAAGAAGUCUACAAGCAGAAAACGGGAGACACGAAACUAGUGCAAGAAGUGCGCAGCGCAUACGAAGACGCGUAUGGACCUAUUACGGUCGAGCACCGACAAGUGCCACUAGAUGAAGAGUCUGUGAGCGCUGAGGCGAGGGGUGCAAAGGUUGUCGAGACGCUCGAGGACGGCCCUGUUGCUCAGACGGCUACGACCGCCUCUAGAGGAGCAGAGUCAUCUGAGGCUACGGUUACCGGCAAGCCAUCAGUGACAGAUGUCACGGCUGAGGAAGUUGUGACGAGGCCUGACGCUAUUGAGUCAUCUUCGUCAAAAGGAGCAGAAAUCUUGGAGCCUUCCGCGACCGCACCUGCAGCAGCAAACGAGGCUGCAAUGGAAGAACGCGAGACCAGCCAUCUGCCCACCGAAAGCGCGCCAUCCUCUCCAAGCAAGACUCAUGCCGAGACCGUGGCACAGGAAGCUUCAAUCAUCGAUCGGCCAACACACUACACCAUCCUGGUCCACGAUCCCCAAAGCGACACUCUGAGCAUCACAACUUCAACAAGCGGGCCUCCGCGUGACAGCACACCAGCUCUGCCCAUUCACCAAGCCCUCUUAUCACUCAAAGCCCCUGCAAAGUUCGUUCCCUACAUCACCUCUGGUCUGGAGGUUGUCACUGCCAAACGCCACAUGCUAGUCCUGCGCGACGCUCUAGACUCGACCUCGUCAACACGGGGAUUCGAGACCAUCAGCGGCUCAUGUCCCGCAGAUCAGCCAACAGAAUCUUUCAGCAGCGAGGUAAAUCCCAUCGACGGCACCACUCGCCUCAGUCCGACUGGGUACAGCGGAGUGGAGCAGAGUCAGGAACAGCUGGAGCAUGACUUCGAAGAGAGGAGACAGGCUGCUGCCGAUGCGGUGAGGGGCAAGAAGGCCAGGCAGCAGGCUAGGGACGAGAGCGUGCCGAAGAAGAAGAGGGGUGGUGUGGGGAGCGUAGUCAAGACUGCGAUAUGGGCCAGCGCAGUGUGUUAUAUUGUUGGCGUUACUGCGGAAGUACUUCGUUGA